AUGAGUUCUACCAAACUUCCCAUCCGGGUUUUGACGCACAAUAUCCGACAUGCAACCUCGUCUCCAUUCAAAGGCGAAAAGCCCUGGGCUGAACGCAAACAAUUGCUGUUGAAUGAAUUUGAAUAUGAGACUCGUCAUUGUGGAGAAACCUUCGUCUGCCUGCAAGAAGUUCUUCAUAACCAACUGGGUGAAAUCCUGGCUGGAUUGAAUCAGGACGCAAAGCCCGAAGCACCAGAGUGGGAGUAUAUCGGCGUUGGCAGAGAUGAUGGCCAUGAGGCCGGGGAAUACUCUCCUAUCAUCUACAGACCAGCAGUCUGGGAGUUACUACAUUGGGAGACAGUGUGGUUAUCCAAAACACCCGAAAAGCCGUCCAAGAGUUGGGACGCAUCCUCCAUCCGCAUUGUCACCAUUGGUGUCUUCACCCAUCGAGCUACUCGGAAUACGGUCCUUGCCAUGAACACCCAUCUCGAUGACCAGGGGUCUCAAUCUCGUCUUGAAGCUGCGCGUAUCAUUCUCGGGAAGAUUUCUGAGUACAGCCAGAACAAAUUCGCAAAGCUCAUCUCCGGCACUUUCUUGACUGGUGAUUUCAACAGCGAAGAGAACCAGGAAGCUUACCAAGAGGCAACAAAAAGCUUGCUUGAUGCAUAUAAGGAAGUUGAAAGCUCGAGACGAUAUGGUAACCACAUUACUUGGACCGGGUUUGGUUACGAGGAUGAGCCAGCCUCCCGUAUUGACUAUGUUCUGGUGAAACCCGCAACUGAAGGUCAGGGAUUAGCAGUCAUUGGGUAUGCAGUGCUAGGGAAUCGGUUCGACGAUGGUGUAUUGUGCUCAGAUCAUCGGGCGGUUAUUGUGGAUUUGACUCUCUAA